AUGAGGUCAAUUAGUUGGGAAUACUUCCUCCCCUUCCCAUCCUCUCAAAACGCUCUCCAUCACAGAUACAUUGGACGAACUCAGAAAGAACUCAUCCGUUUCAUGCGGGAAAGCAACUUGCGAAGGCCUCCGUUCGAAAGACCUUCAACAGCAAGACGAGCUCAUCCAACAGUACUCACAGGCCCGAACUAUGCUCAUGCACGUGUUGGCACCAUGUCAAUGACUCUGCGUUCAAAAUCGGCUGAUCAUCGUAGACACCAACUUUUAGAUUCAAGUCAACUCCGCCUACAUGGAGGAAUUCUCGGCAGCUCUCGAAGCUUUCUGGAUCAAGUCGGGACGGGUGUCAACAGUGCCAAUCAACUUAAACGUGCUCAUUCAAGCUUUGUUCCGAAUGCAGCAAAUAUUGGACUAUCAACUGGUGCAAUGGCAACCAGUGGUUACUCAACAAUGGGUGGAAGUAGUAGCGGUGGUCACCUAGCUGGAGAUGACGGCGAAUCUCUUGAAGGUAGUGAGGCUGGCGCUGGUGCCGUCGAAAGAAAUCGGGAACUCAACCAUGAGGAAUUGAUGGGUCCAAUGGUCCCGCCUUCUGGAAUCAUCCGCACGGACUUUGAUGGACAACCAAGUCCAGUCGCUACUGUUCCGGCAGCAGUUGUUGCCUCUUCGACUUCUAUUAAUCGGGCUGCUGAAGCCAGUUCCAAUGUUCCACCACCCCCUAAACCUUCAAGAAUGACGGUAUCGUCGAUUUCUUCGAAUAAACGGCAGGACAAUGAAUAUAGCUCUUAUACUGGCACGUUACGUCGACAGGCCUCGCUUGCAGAUCAUCGACCAGUUGAACUAUUCGGUCGAGAUAGGUCAGAAGAAGUAUCCUCCCUUCGGACUAAGCAAAUGUCCACUUCAACAUUACACAACUUUAGUAACCAGCCGUCGACACCAGUUCAAGUUCUUAUGAGUGGGAUUAUUUCGUCAACAACUACUGCUCCAACAGGAACAGCAAACACCAUUGUCACAACAGCUCAAGUUCGAACCCCUUACACGAACGAUACACCGACUGGAGAAAUGCAACUUGUUAUUGGAUCGGAAAGGAAUUUGCAACCUUACAAGCCUUAUCGCGAGGUGAGUUAG